AUGUUAUGUAAUCUGCAAGAGCAACAUAUGUCGAAGCAGUACCAGCCCGCUCGCAAUAUCAGACAUGUAGGUCCUACUGAGGGCGGCGCAACACGCGCGAGCGCUAACCGUCCGCGCGACAACCGCAAACACUGCGGAUACGGCUACCAUUCGGAACGAGAGCGCGGGGAACGCGCGAACAUCAGUCGCAAAACAAACACUAAAGCUUCGGCCACGCGAAUACAAAACACUCCAGUGAACACGUCGAAUGUCUCUAAAACGCGAAAGAACGGUCCAAAGAAACGGCGCGUACGCGCGGCCGCACGGGCGUCACGUCGCGCCGCGGCCCGCCGACACACACCUGGUCGUGCCGCGAACGUCUAG